AUGUCCCGCCCGGAGGAUACCCUCCCGCCAGACCUCUUCUACAACGAUGUCGAAUCACGAAAAUACACCACCUCCUCUCGGAUCCGCUCGAUCCAGGCCUCGAUGACGAACCGCGCAUUGGAGCUUCUGGACUUGACAGAACCAUCCUUCAUCCUCGAUCUUGGCUGCGGUUCCGGACUCAGUGGCGAAAUCCUUACCAGCACUGACGAAGCCGAUGGUGGCCCUCACACGUGGGUUGGCAUGGACAUCAGUUCUUCCAUGCUUAGCGAGGCUUUGCAGAGGGAUGUCGAGGGUGACAUGCUACUUGCGGACAUUGGGCAAGGAGUACCGUUCCGGCCUGGGUCUUUCGACGCGGCUAUUUCUAUCAGUGCGAUCCAGUGGCUUUGCAACGCUGAGUCGAGCUCGGACGAGGACUCUGCGGAUAGGAGACUAAAGCGCUUCUUUGACGGACUGUAUGCCAGCUUGAGACGCGGUGGCAAAGCAGUCUGCCAGUUCUAUCCCAAGAAUAACGCGCAGCGAAACAUGAUCUCUUCUGCCGCAGUCAAGGCAGGCUUCGGUGCCGGUAUCCUGGAAGAUGACCCGGAGACGAAGAAUGUGAAGUUGUAUCUCGUGCUUACUGUCGGAGGCGGCGACAUCACCGGCACAGUCAGCGGAAUGCACGAUGUCGAUGUCAUGGAUGCUCGGCGAAAGGAGAAGCAGCGCAAGGGUGGCCCGCCUGAGAAGCAGAAGGGCAGUAAAGCGUACAUCAUGAGGAAGAAGGCGCAGAUGGAGGCGAAGGGGAGGGUGGUGAAGCAUGAUUCGAAGUAUACGGGAAGGAAGCGGAAGACGGCGUUUUGA